AUGGCCUCCAACACCGCCACCCUGGGGAACCUCCCGAGCGGCUGUGGAAUAUGUACGACCAUUCCCGACAUCCUCUACGUGCCAGAACUGAUCUUCGGCGGUCUGGUGUGGAUCCUGGUGGCGUGCACACUAGUGGUGCCGCAGAACCCUCAGGGCUGGGUCAUGUUCGUCUCCGUCUUCUGCUUCGUCAUGACCUUCAUCUGGUUGGUGGUGUUCGCCUGUGGGGGGCACCAAAACAAGAGCAGUUGGGCGGCAGCUGAUUUCAUCUACCACAGCGUCGCCGCCUUCUUCUACCUCAGUGCUUCAGUGGCUCUGGCUAAAGUGACCCUGGACAUGAAAGACGGGAGCGUCUUCAAGAACUACCAGCUGGACAUCUCUGCUGUGGUCUUCUCAUACAUGGCGACUGUGCUCUACGUCAUCCACACCAUCUUCUCUGCCAUCCGAUGGAAAUCCUUCUAAAGGAUU